CUUUACGCCAGUGUCGCGAGAGGCGGUGUCAUCCGGCCGCUGCCGCACCGAGCGCGGCGGGGCCGCGACAGCCACCGGGACCGGCACCGGGACCAGGACCGGCACCCAGCAGGCGCUGCACGGCCAUGGCAGGGAACAGCCUGGUGCUGCCCAUCGUGCUGUGGGGCCGGCGCGCCCCCACGCACUGCGUGUCCUCCCUGCUGCUGGUGGACGGCUCCGUCAUCGUCACCGGCUGCCAUGACGGCCAGAUCUGCCUCUGGGACCUGGCUCCUGACCUGCAGAUCAAUCCCAGGGCUCUGCUCUUUGGUCACACAGCCUCAGUUACUUGUUUAUCCAAGGCCUCAGCUUCCAGUGAAAAGCAAUAUAUAGUGAGUGCAUCAGAGAGUGGGGAGAUGUGCCUGUGGGAUGUGAAUGAUGGCAGGUGCAUUGAGUUCACCAAGCUGGCCUGUGCCCACACAGGCAUCCAGUUCUAUCAGUUCACAGUGGGCACACAGCGUGAAGGGAGGCUCCUGUGCCACGGGCACUAUCCCGAGAUUCUGGUGGUGGAUGCAACCAGCCUUGAGGUUCUUUAUUCUCUGAUAUCCAAGAUCUCUCCUGACUGGAUCAGCUCCAUGGCCAUCAUCCGCUCCAGCAGGACCCAAGAGGACACUGUGGUGGCUGUGUCUGUGACUGGCAUCCUCAAGGUCUGGAUCAUCACCUCAGAAGUCAGUCGGGUGCAGGACACCACCCCAGUGUUUGAGGAGGAGUCCAAGCCCAUCUACUGCGAGAACUGCCAGAGCAUCUCCUUCUGCACCUUCACCCAGCGCUCGCUGCUGCUCGUGUGCUCCAAGUACUGGAGGGUUUUUGAUGCUGGAGAUUAUUCCCUCUUAUGCUCAGUGCCCAGUGAAAAUGAGCAGACCUGGACUGGUGGGGACUUUGUGGCAGCUGACAAAGUGAUUGUGUGGACAGAGGAUGGGCAAAGUUUCAUCUAUAAAUUACCAGCCAGCUGCCUCCCAGCCAGCGAUUCCUUCCGCAGGGAUGUGGGGAAAGCAGUGGAAAACCUGAAUCCACCUGUAUUGUACAGCGUGCUGGACAGGGCAGAGAAGCAGCUCCUGAUAUGUCCUCCAGUGACUCGGUUCUUCUGUGGCCAGAGAGAGUUUUCCUACAGGCUCUUGAUCCAAGGGGACUCCUCGGGGAGGCUGAGCAUGUGGAGCCUGCCUGACACCCUGGAGCAGCAGCAGGGUGCUAAAGGGCUGCCCACAGCCAGGUCCAUGUCGCUGCAGGAGGCCUUUGAGCAGCUGCAGCCCCGCCCCGCGGGCAUCAUCGACCAGCUGAGCGCGGCGGGGGAGCCGCUGCGAGUCACCGCCAGCGUCUACAUGCCGGCCCACGGGCGGCUGGCGUGCGGCCGCGAGGAUGGCAGCAUCGUCAUCGUGCCGGCCACCCAGACUGCCAUGGUGCAGCUGCUGCAGGGGGAGCACACCCUGCGCCGGGGCUGGCCCCCGCACCGCACGCUGCGCGGCCACCGCAGCAAGGUGACGUGCCUGCUGUACCCCCACCAGGUGUCCCCCCGCUACGACCAGCGCCACCUGGUCUCGGGGGGCGUGGACUUCUCCGUCAUCGUCUGGGACAUCUUCUCGGGAGAGAUGAAGCACAUCUUCUGUGUGCACGGGGGGGAGAUCACCCAGCUGCUGGUGCCACCUGAGAGCUGCAGCGCCAGAGUGCAGCACUGUGUUUGCUCUGUUGCCACUGAUCACUCCGUGGGUCUGCUGAGCCUGAGGGAGAAGAAAUGCAUCAUGCUGGCCUCCAGGCACCUGUUCCCCAUCCAGGUGAUCAAGUGGAGGCCAUCUGAUGACUACCUGGUGGUGGGCUGCUCCGACGGCUCCGUGUACGUCUGGCAGAUGGACACAGGGGCCCUGGACCGCUGUGUGAUGGGGAUCACAGCUGUGGAGAUCCUGAGUGCCUGUGACGAGGCCGUGCCAGCCGCUGUGGACUCCCUCAGCCACCCUGCAGUCAACCUCAAGCAGGCCAUGACCCGCCGCAGCCUGGCUGCCCUCAAGAACGUGGCCCACCAGAAGCUGCAGACCCUGGCCACCAACCUGCUGGCCUCUGAGGCCUCUGAUAAAGGGAACCUGCCCAAGUACUCGCACAACUCGCUGAUGGUUCAGGCCAUCAAGACCAACGUGACAGACCCCGACAUCCACGUGCUGUUCUUCGACGUGGAGGCGCUGAUCAUCCAGCUGCUGACCGAGGAGGCCUCGCGGCCCAGCGCCGCCCCGGUGUCCCCUGAGAGCCUGCAGAAAGCUGCCGGGGGCCCCGACAGGGGCAGCUCCUUCCUGGCGGGCAAGAGGGCGGCCGUGCUCUUCCAGCAGGUCAAGGAGACCAUCAAGGAGAACAUCAAGGAGCACCUGCUGGACGAUGAGGACGAGGACGAGGAGGCCGUGAGGCAGAGGAGGGAGGACGGGGACCCGGAGUAUCGCUCCAGCAAGUCCAAACCCCUGACCCUGCUGGAGUACAACCUGACCAUGGACACGGCCAAGCUGUUCAUGUCGUGCCUGCACGCCUGGGGGCUGAACUCGGUGCUGGACGAGCUGUGCCUGCAGCGCCUGGGCAUGCUGAGGCCGCACUGCUCCGUCUCCUUCGGCCUGCUGUCCCGCGGCGGCCACAUGUCCCUGAUGCUGCCGGGCUACGACCAGCCCCUGGGCCGGGGGGAGCCGCAGGGGCCGGGCAGGGGCACCUACGGCGUGUCCCGGGCCGUCACCACCCAGCACCUGCUGUCCGUCAUCUCGCUGGCCAACACGCUGAUGAGCAUGAGCAACGCCACCUUCAUCGGGGAGCACAUGAAGAAGGGGCCCAGCAGGCCACCCAGGCCAGGCACUCCUGAGAUGGUCAAGGUGAAGCCUCCCCCUCCAGUGUCCAGCCAUGCAGCACAAGGGCAAAUCAAACAAGUUGCUCCUGCUGCUGCUUCCAGCACGGAAUCUGGGCACUCUGACACUUCUGCUUUCCAUUCCUGUUUCUUAGUCAAUGAAGGCUGGAGCCAGCUGGCUGCCAUGCACUGUGUGAUGCUCCCAGACCUGCUGGGGCUGGAGAAGUUCAGGCCCCCUCUGCUGGAGAUGCUGGCCCGGCGCUGGCAGGAUCGCUGCCUGGAGGUGCGGGAGGCAGCUCAGGCUCUGCUGCUGGCCGAGCUGCGCAGGAUCGAGCAGGCGGGGCGCAAGGAAACCAUCGACACCUGGGCUCCCUACCUGCCCCAGUACAUGGACAGCCUCAUCUCCCCUGGGGUGACCACAGAAACCCUGCAGGCUGCCACUGCCAGCCCAGAGCCCUCAGGAGCAGAAGCCAAAGUGCAGGAGGAGGAGCACGACCUGGUGGAUGAUGACAUUGCAGCAGGCUGCCUGGCGGGGCUGCCCCAGCCCAAGAAGCCGUCCCCGUCCUACGAGGAGCGGCGCAAGCAGGCCACGGCCAUCGUGCUGCUGGGCGUCAUCGGCGCCGAGUUCGGCGCAGAGAUCGAGCCCCCCAAGCUGCUGAGCAGGGCCCGCAGCUCCAGCCAGAUCCCCGAGGGCUUCGGCCUCACCACGGGGGGCUCCAACUACUCCCUGGCCAGGCACACCUGCAAGGCGCUGACGUUCCUGCUGCUGCAGCCGGCCAGCGCGCGGCUGCCGGCGCACAGCACCAUCCGCAGAACCGCCAUCGACCUCAUCGGCCGCGGCUUCACCGUCUGGGAGCCCUACAUGGACGUGUCGGCCGUGCUGAUGGGGCUGCUGGAGCUGUGUGCUGAUGCCGAGAGACAGCUGGCCAGCAUCACAAUGGGGCUGCCCCUGAGCCCCGCCGCCGACUCGGCUCGCUCGGCUCGCCACGCGCUGGCCCUGAUCGCCACGGCGCGCCCGCCCGCCUUCAUCACCACCAUCGCCAAGGAGGUGCACAGGCACACAGCCCUGGCUGCCAACUCCCAGUCCCAGCAGAGCAUCCACACCAGUGCCCUGGCCCGCGCCAAGGCCGAGGUGCUGCGGGUCAUCGAGAUCCUCAUUGACAAGAUGCCCACGGACGUGGUGGAGCUGCUGGUGGAGGUGAUGGACAUCAUCAUGUACUGCCUGGAAGGAUCUUUGGUGAAGAAAAAGGGUCUCCAGGAGUGUUUUCCAGCCAUCUGCAGGUUCUACAUGGUGAGUUACUACGAGCGCAGCCACCGCAUCGCCGUGGGAGCGCGGCAGGGCAGCGUGGCGCUGUACGACAUCCGCACGGGCAAGUGCCAGACCAUCCACGGGCACAAGGGCCCGGUGACGGCCGUGGCCUUCGCCCCCGACGGGCGCUACCUGGCCACCUACUGCCACUCCGACAGCCACCUGUGCUUCUGGCAGAUGAACACGUCCCUGCUGGGCAGCAUUGGCAUGCUGAACUCAGCUCCCCAGCUGCGCUGUGUCAGGACGUUCCAGGUGCCCCCGGUGCAGCCGGCCUCGCCCGGCUCGCUCGGCGCCCUGCGGCUGGCGCGGCUCAUCUGGACCUCCAACCGCAACAUCAUCCUGAUGGGGCACGACGGCAGGGAGCACCGCUUCGUCAUCUAGGAUGAAGAAGGGCCCGGGGCAGCUCCGUGUGUGGCCUGGCAAGGUGGGACCAGGAUUGGGACCAGGAUUGGGAUCAGGAUCAGGAAGCAGGAUCAGCUCAUCCCCAUCUCAUCCCUCUGCCCAUCUCACCCACCCCUGUUCCUGCAGACCCUCCAGAAUUCAGUGUUUACCAAACCCUGGUGUUUACAUGGACCCUGCAGUGCUGGGGGACCCCUGGGAAUGGGGGCUGCAGGUUUGGGGUGCAAUCCCCAUUCCUGAGGCUGCAGGUUUGGGGUGCAAUCCCCAUUCCUGAGGCUGCAGUUUUGGGCUGAAAUCCCCGUUUCUGAGGCUGCAGUUUUGGGGUGCAAUCCCCAUUCCUGAGGCUGCAGGUUUGGGCUGAAAUCCCCAUUCCUGAGGCUGCAGGUUUGGGGUGCAAUCCCCAUUCCUGAGGCUGCAGUUUUGGGGUGAAAUCCCCAUUUCUGAGGCUGCAGUUUUGGGGUUGCUGACCCCCAUUUCUGAGGGGAUUGCAUUGCUGCUGUGCCCUGCUAGUCCACGUGUAAAUAAGUAAUUUAAAAUUCCUGUUCAGUGGCAGGCUUGAGAAAAAGCAGUAUUUAUACAGAAAGGUGGUUUCUGCCACCAGUGCAGGUAUUUAUUUAAAUAAAGGACAAAGGGGGCCAUUUGGAAUGGAAGAAUGAUCAGAAUCAUGGAAAAAUGAAUUAUUGAGUGGAUGUGCUGAAAUACUUCCUUCAGUAGGAAUAUUCCUGUGUGACACUUGCUGUGACUGUGCUUCCUCCUUACAUAUCUGAUUUUGUGGAAUAUUUUGUGUGCAAUUUGCUGGUUUCUGCUCAUGGGAAAGAGAAAAUCUUUCAAAUCCUCUGUUAUUUCAGUAUCUCUGUCUGUGCAGCUUUUCCUUGGCUGCAGAGCUCCUACCUGAGGCUGCUGCUACCUGCUAAGCUAAAAGUGGCACCUGGAAGAAUUCAGGAAUGAGUAUUUCAGGUGGCUCCAGAAGAGAAGUGAAUGUGUUUGAUGCAGUGAUGUGUGCAGUGCCCAGGUGGGACUGCAGCUCCAUAUCUGUGCUGCUGCACUCGAGUUCCAGGGCAGCUCUGGGGAGUUGUUGUGUCCCAGGGCUGCUCCUCAGCUUCUCCUGCCCUGUGUGCUGGAACUGCUCUGGAAAUAUUCUCGUGGAAUAAACUGGGCUGGGAUGUGCUGCUUGUGGUGUCAGUCACUGCUGUGGAACAGGCUUUGCUUCAGAGAACUUCAGCAUUAAUACUUUUGUCUGAACAAAAAAAAAAAAAUCAGGGUAGAUCUGGAUGGGAGGCUCCAGUGUGAUAAAUUGACACUGGAUCCAGCCUGGAGCAGGCUUUGAAGCAGGAGAGGCUCCUGGGGAGCUUCCCCCUCUCUCUGAUGUCUGAAAAUUAAAAAUUAAUCCUCUAUGAAAAAUUAAAAGGUGAAACUUUCUGCUCUUUCAGCAGCAGAGCUUUUGGAAUGCUGAUGUGGGCUGGGAGGGGAGGCUGAGUGACAUCUCCGGGAACAGCACCCUGGGCUGUGCAUUCCAAUAUCAGAUUUUAAUUGAUUU